CUUUGGCAACUCCACCACCACCACCACCACCACCACCACUCACCACAACCACCACCAUGGAUCUUCUCCUCGUGGAGAAAACUCUUGUUGGCCUCUUCGUAGCCAUUUUAGGCGCAAUCUUCAUAUCUAAGUUACGUGGAAAGCGUUUCAAGCUUCCGCCGGGACCAUUUCCCGUACCCAUCUUUGGAAACUGGCUCCAAGUCGGCGAUGAUCUCAACCACCGGAACUUAACAGAUCUCGCCAAGAAGUUCGGCCAGAUCUUCCUACUCCGUAUGGGCCAGCGGAACCUCGUGGUCGUAUCAUCACCGGAUCUCGCCAAGGAAGUCCUCCACACACAAGGCGUGGAGUUCGGAUCCCGAACUAGAAACGUCGUGUUCGACAUUUUCACAGGGAAAGGACAAGACAUGGUGUUUACGGUAUACGGCGAGCACUGGCGCAAGAUGCGGAGGAUCAUGACGGUCCCGUUUUUCACCAACAAAGUGGUUCAGCAGUACAGGUUUGGAUGGGAGGCGGAGGCCGCGGCAGUGGUGGACGAUGUGAAGAAGAAUCCGGCAGCAGCAACGGAAGGGAUUGUGAUCCGGAGACGGUUGCAGCUGAUGAUGUAUAACAACAUGUUCAGGAUUAUGUUUGAUAGAAGGUUCGAGAGCGAGGAUGAUCCUUUGUUCUUGAAGCUCAAGGCGUUGAAUGGGGAGAGGAGUCGAUUGGCACAGAGCUUCGAUUACAACUAUGGUGAUUUCAUCCCAAUUUUGAGGCCGUUUUUGAAAGGUUAUUUGAAGAUGUGCAAGGAAGUUAAAGAGAAGAGGUUGCAGCUCUUCAAGGAUUACUUCGUUGAUGAAAGGAAGAAGAUGGGAAGCACAAAAAGCAUGGACAACAACCAAAUCAAAUGUGCAAUUGAUCAUAUACUUGAAGCUCAGGACAAAGGAGAGAUCAAUGAGGACAAUGUUCUUUACAUCGUUGAGAAUAUCAAUGUUGCUGCAAUCGAGACCACCCUCUGGUCCAUCGAAUGGGGAAUCGCUGAACUGGUGAACCACCCUGAGAUCCAAGCGAAACUGAGGCAUGAACUUGACACGAAACUCGGACCAGGAGUGCAAGUCACUGAGCCCGACAUCCAAAAGCUUCCAUAUCUCCAAGCAGUGGUCAAGGAGACCCUUCGUCUUCGGAUGGCUAUCCCUCUCCUGGUCCCACACAUGAACCUCCAUGACGCCAAGCUUGGCAGCUACGACAUUCCGGCAGAAAGCAAGAUCUUGGUCAAUGCCUGGUGGCUUGCCAACAAUCCCGAACAAUGGAAGAAACCAGAGGAAUUUAGGCCCGAAAGAUUCUUCGAAGAGGAAAGUCACGUGGAGGCUAACGGGAAUGAUUUCAGGUACUUGCCUUUCGGAGUUGGGAGAAGGAGUUGUCCUGGGAUUAUUCUUGCAUUGCCGAUCUUGGGGAUCACGAUCGGGCGUUUGGUGCAGAAUUUCGAGUUAUUGCCGCCACCGGGAAUGUCGAAGAUCGACGUGAAGGAGAAAGGUGGACAAUUUAGUUUACAUAUCUUGAAUCAUUCCACCAUUGUUGCCAAACCAAGGGCAUUGUAAGGAUUCUUUAUAUUUUGUGGCAUGUUUGAUGAUGUGAAACAAGAAGUUGGGUUUGCCAACAAAUUAUAAAUUUUCAAUGUGCAUUAUGAAAUCCUUUAAUCUA